AUGCAGGGCUUCAACAUGGGACGAUAUGUCCCGCCGGACCAAGAGGGCCUCACGACAGGCAACAAGCUCGCCGGCAAACACCCACUGGGCGCGCGCGCGCGACACCUCCGCACAACCGGUGCACUCAUCGUCCGCUUCGAGAUGCCGUUCGCGGUGUGGUGCACGACAUGCAAGCCGCACGAGACGCUAAUCGGGCAGGGCGUGCGCUUCAACGCGGAGAAGAAAAAAGUCGGGAACUACCACUCGACUCCGGUGUACAGCUUCCGCAUGCGCCACCCGCCGUGCGGCGGCUGGAUCGAGAUCCGCACCGACCCGCAGAACACGGCGUAUGUGGUGGCAGAGGGGGGCAGGAAGCGGGAUACCGGGGACGAGGGUGGGGCGGGGGAGCUUGUGCUGAGGGGUGUUGGCGCCGGAGCAGGCGCGCGGGAGGAGGAUCCGUUUGCGCGGCUGGAGGGGAAGGUGGAAGAUAAGCGGCGGGCGGAGACGGAGAGGUCGCGGAUUGAGGAUCUGGCCCGGCGGCAGGCGCGCGACUGGGAGGAUCCGUAUGAGCGGUCGCGGCGGCUGCGGCGCACGUUCCGAGCAGAGCGCAAGGUGCUGGAGAGUGCGGAGGCGAAGCGGGAGGCGCUGCGCGAGAAGAUGAGUUUGGGGAUUGAGUUGGUGGACGAGACGGAGGAGGAUCGUGCGCGGGCUGGGAUGGUGGAUUUCGGCGCCGCGGAGGAUACGGCGCGGGCGGUGGCUCGCAAUCGCCCGUUGUUCGAGUCAGCGGUGCCUAUGCCGUCGUCGUCGUCGUCUGCAGCUCGAUCGGGGAAAAAGGAUUCGAAACGGGUCAAGGCAGCGGACGCGCUGGCAGACCGCAAGGCGCAGUUUCGUAGCGCACUGACGGGGAAUACCCGGGCUGCAGUGGAUCCGUUUCUGGUGCACGAUGGAAGCGCAUGGCGGCCGGACGUGAAGAGGCGGAAAACGGCGUCGAGUAAAGUCGCGGAUGGCGCGAGGGAGCCUGAGCAGGUGGGCGCAGAUGUCGAUGGUCAAGCUUCUCUAGCCUCGGAUGAACGUCCGGUCGAGGUUCGCCCACCUGCCGCAACUGCCUUGGUCAACUAUGGGUCUGACUCCGAUUAA